AUGGCGUGGACGAAAAAGCCUUACAUGGGGUUUACUGGAGGAUGGCUGACAUUUUGGGUGUCGCUGGCUUGCGCGACUGACAUGACUUUGUUUGGAUACGACCAAGGCGUCUUCAGCGGCGUGGUCGUCACACCGGACUUCCUCGAGAUUCAUGACCUCGUUGGGCCUACAAAGACGAAAAUCCUAUCUACGGUCACCGCUAUCUACGAUGUCGGCUGUUUCCUCGGUGCCAUGCUUGCCUUCACAGCGGGUGAAAGGCUAGGACGAAAGAAAACCAUUCUCCUUGGAAGUUUUAUCAUGGCUAUUGGCACAAUUCUCAAGGCGUCAUCUUACAGUUUGGCCCAGAUGUUCGUGGGUCGAGUGGUGCUAGGGCAAACUAACAACAGCUGCAGCAUCGGCAAUGGUCUUAGCACCGCAACGGCACCAGUCUGGCAAACAGAAACUGCACAAGCAAAAUGGAGAGGGAAACUCGUUAUCCUCGAACUGGGGCUCAACGUUGGUGGUUACUGCAUUGUUAACUGGAUCAACUACGGUCUAUCUUUCCAAGGGGGAGCUAUUGCGUGGCGUUUGCCUCUCGCCUUGCAGCUUUUCUUUAUUAUCGUCCUAUUUGCAACCAUCCCAUGGCUUCCAGAAUCCCCAAGAUGGCUCCUAUCCCACGGCCAUGACGAUGAAGCCAUUGAGGUACUUGCAUGUAUCGAAGCCAUGGACCUCGACGACCCGUAUAUUCGAACCCAAUACGACGAAAUUAAAUACAGUAUUGCAUACGAAAGAGACAACGCUGUCCGCUGGCGGGACCUCGUACGCCGAAGCAAGACGGAUAGCACAAAGACACUUCGCCGGUUGGUGCUAGGGGCCAGUACACAAGCGAUCCAGCAGUUUCAAGGCAUCAACAUCAUGUCCUACUAUUUACCCACCGUUCUAAUGAACUCCGUCGGUCUCUCAAACACCAUGGCUCGCCUCCUAACAGCCUGCAACGCAACAUCAUACUUCAUAUUCUCCUGCGUCGCCGUAACCAUUAUCGAACGCUUCGGUCGUCGAGGCCUAAUGCUCCUCUCCGGAUCAGGCCAAUUCCUCUCAUUCCUCGUCAUAACAAUCCUACUCCGCUUCGCAAAAACGGAUAGCAUAUACGGCACCGCCUCAGUAGCCUUCUUCUUCCUCUACCACGUCGCCUUCGGAAUGGGAAUGCUCGGUGUCCCUUGGCUAUACCCAACAGAGAUCAACUCAUUGCCCAUGAGAACUAAAGGAGCAGCCGUUGCAACGGCGACGAAUUGGAUAACAAACUUCGCCAUUGUCGAAAUCACUCCAAUUGGCAUCCAGAAUAUCGGCUGGAAGUUCUGGAUCGUCUGGACUGUCUUGAACGCAAUCUUCUUGCCGAUUAUAUACUUUUUCUAUCCUGAAACUGCAAACCGCACACUAGAAGACAUAGACGCGUAUUACCGUUCCAACCCACCGUUGAUCGUUGUCGGAGAUUCAGACGUCACCUCCGCCAGGCGCCCGCUCAAAUACAUCCAGCGCGAGGACGAGGAAGUUCAGAAACGGGCAAAGGAAGCACAUCUUACUGGGCCCAAGUCCGAUGGGGCUUGUGUGGAGCAUGUGAAUUAAUGGUACUAUUACAAUUAUAUGUUAGGCCUGAUUGGAGCCGAGAGGUCAUUACUGUUUCUGUGAGAUAGCUAUGACACAUCGGCCUUCCAUAUUUCUGAACAAGAGACCCGAGAAGAGAAUGCUUUCAUGUCACUUUGCUACAAGUUAUGCAGUAUAAAAAAAGAAAGAAAACAAAGGAAAAGAAACAAGAACCGCAAUAAAAAGGGAUAUCUGGAGA